UGUCUGCCCUGGCCCUGAUUGUUUCCUUCUGUGAUUGCUGGCCCCGCCCUCAUUGUGUCCACCUGUGUCUCGUUCCCCGUUGUCCAAUCCUCUCACCUUGCCUGUGUAUGUAAACCCUGUUCGUCUCAUUCCCAGUGUGGCUUCGUACUGUUUGGUCUGUGUGUUUUGUCGUCCUGUUCUGGUUUCUUGGAGUAAAGAUUGUUUUUGUGCAAUAAUGUCGGCGUUUGGGUCCUCUCUCGUUGCGACAACCUGGACUGCGCAUGACAGAACGAAGCCACCAAGAAUGGACCCAGCCUUCAGUUUCCGCUGCACGGUUCCUGCCGGGCCAACUAAGUUUCAGGUACUUCUGGAGGAGAUGUGGGAGUCCCUCCGGGCCCGUGGUCCUGUGCCGGCUCCAGUCCCCGAUGUUCCAUCACAGGCUCCAGACCCCGAGGUUCCAGUCCACGAUGUUCCAGUCCCCGGUGUUCCGUCGCCGGUUCUGGUCUGGCCAGCCUUCCAUGAGGCUCCAGACCCCGAGGUUCCAGUCCACGAUGUUCCGGUUCCGUCACAGGCUCCGGACCCUGAGGUUCCAGUCCACGAUGUUCUGGUUCCAGUCCACGGUGUUCCGGUUCCAGUCCCCGGAGUUCCGUCACCGGUUCCAGUCCACGAUGUUCCGGUUCCGUCACAGGCUCCAGACCCUGAAGUUCCAGUCCCCGAUGUUCCAGUUCCAGUCCCCGGUGUUCCGCCGCCGGCUCCAGUCCCUGGGUUUCCGUCACCGGUUCCAGUCCACGAUGUUCCGGUUCCGUCACAGGCUCCAGACCCUGAGGUUCCAGUCCACGAUGUUCCGGUUCCAGUCCCCGGUGUUCCGUCACCGGUUCCAGUCCACGAUGUUCAUGUUCCUGUCCCCGGUGUUCCGCCGCCGCCUCCAGCCCCCGAUGUUCUGGUUCUAGUCCCCGGUGUUCCGUCGCCGGUUCCAGCCCCCGAUGUUCCGUCACCGGCUCCUGUCCCCGAUGUUCCAGUCCCCGGUGUUCCGCUGCUGGCUCCAGCCCCCGAUGUUCCAGUCCCCGGUGUUCCGCCUCCGUUCCGCCCGGCCCUGGUUCUCCUCAUCCCGCCUCCGUCCCGGUCAGUCACAGUUCCCCGUGUUCCGUCCCGUCCAUCCCCGGUUCCCCGU